AUGGGCAAAACAAGAGGAGACAAAAUCGUCCAUCAAAGAACACGUGUCCACCAGGCCUACCAGAACUUGAGACUCAAGAAGAGGUUUCGGCAGUACUCCGAGAACAAACCGAGAAGGAAAAGGGCUGCUAAGGGUAGCGGGGAUUCUGGAAUGGACCCGCGCGAUUUCUUUAGUGGGGUUUACAAUUUCACACAAACGACCAAUGGCGUAAUUAUAGAUACAAUACUGUUCAGGUUGCAUACAACUGCCACAGUAAUUUUACUCAUGACCUUCUCCCUUGCUAUCACCACAAGACAGUACAUGGGACAUCCUAUAGACUGUGUCCAUUCAAGGGAUAUUCCUGAAGAUGUAUUGAAUACGUAUUGCUGGAUUCAUUCGACGUUCACUGUUAUUGACGAAGAUGCCUACAACAGACAUUCAGAAGAUGGUUUGUCAUCUGAUAUUCAAACUACUGGUAGUCAUUCCACUAAACAAUUGAAAUAUUACCAAUGGGUAGAAUUGUUUUUAUUCAUGCAGCUAUUUCAGAUCCUGAAAACUAAUGAUGAUGAAAAGGGUGCCAUCAUAUCCACAUCUCCCCUAAUAAUAUCUUUAUUUUAG